UAGAGGAUGAUGGGUCCUUGCUGUUACAGAAUGUCACCAUGAAAGACUCAGGAAUCUACACAAUAUUGAUCCUACAAGAAGGCUGCCAGCAAAUGAUAUCAUGUGGAUGGCUUGAUGUAUACCCUCUUGUGAGUGUGCCCAUCCUGCUAGCCAAUAACACCAGAGUCACAGAGAAUAAGGAUGCUGUGAUCUUGACUUGCCACACAAACGCUGACAUCAUUGAGUGGUUGUUCAAUGGCACAAAUCUGCAGUACACGAACAGAAUGAAGCUGUCAUUUGACCGCAGAAACCUCACCAUAGCCCCUGUCCAGAGAAGGAAUGCUGGCAAUUAUCAGUGCAAAGGCUCCAACCCCAUGAAUUCUGCUGAAAGUGCAUAUGUUACACUGGAUGUGAUAUUUGAGUGA